CCGACUCCCCCGCCCCUGGCAAACCACAGCCCAAAGAGGCGGAUUUCUCAUUGUUUGAAUCACCACACUAUUACUUAACUAGCUGGUGAGACUUGCAAUCUGGUGCUCCUUGCCCUUGCUGCAUGUGGAUACACACUGCUAUUAUUAACCUUCCCUUGCACGACCCCUUCUCUUCCCCUCCGACACUGCUUGUUUUUCCUGUGCCUGUGAAGCCCUUGAUGUCCUGCCUUCUGUAAUCAUGUUGCAGGUCGAGAAGUCUUGGGUGAAUGUGCAACAGAAGACAUUUACAAAAUGGCUCAACGACAAGUUAAAAGUCCGACGGCAGUUCAUCGAUAACCUGGUGACAGACCUGUCUGAUGGAGUCAUCCUCAUCCACCUGCUCGAGAUCCUGGGUGGAGAGUCUCUCGGUCGGUACGCCUCGAAGCCCAAGCUGCGCGUACAAAGGUUCGAAAAUGUCAACAAGGGCCUCGAUUUCAUUAAGGGGAGGCGUAUCCAUUUGACGAACAUCGGAGCAGAAGAUAUUGUCGAUGGGAACCAGAAGAUCAUUCUCGGGCUGAUAUGGACGCUCAUUCUGCGGUUUACAAUCAGUGAUAUCAAUGAGGAGGGCAUGACGGCCAAGGAAGGCUUGCUGCUAUGGUGUCAACGGAAGACGGCGUGCUACGAAGGGGUUGAGAUCCGGGAUUUCUCCACCAGCUGGAACGACGGCCUGGCGUUCUGUGCGCUGCUCGACAUCCAUCGUCCGGACCUCAUCGAUUUUGAUUCCCUCGACCAGAAUGACCACCGCGGCAACAUGCAGCUGGCCUUUGAUAUUGCAGCCAAUGAGAUCGGUAUCCCGGAUUUACUUGAUGUAGACGAUGUCUGCGAUGUUGCAAGGCCCGACGAACGCUCUCUGAUGACCUACAUUGCCUACUGGUUCCAUGCCUUUUCUCAGCUGGAGCGCGUGGAAAAUGCAGGCCGCCGGGUGGAGAAGUUCUUCAACAACAUGCAGGGCGCAUGGGAGAUGCAGAACUCGUACGAGAGGAGAAUGAAGGAGCUUCUUCGUCUGAUUAAGGCGCAGCGGGAAGAGUGGAAGAAUUCCUCCUUCGAGGGGACCUACAAGGACGCCAAGGAGCAACUUAACCAGUUCUCACUGUACAAGAAGAACCAGAAGCGAGAAUGGGUUGCCGAGAAAUCAGACCUUGCCGCCCUGUUGGGCAACAUCAAAACCAAACUCAGCACCUAUCGGCUCCGUCCAUACGAUCCCCCUGAGGACCUCCGGUUGGAGGUCUGUGACCAGGAGUGGGAAACUCUGACGCGCCACGAGCAUGAACGGAGCCAGUUGAUCAACGAGACCAUUCGAGAUAUCAAGAACGCCCUGCGUCGUUCGUUUGCAGACAAAGCCAAUGAUUUUGCCCUCACCUUGAAGACUCUGUCUCUGGCCAUCUCUGGGCUCGACGGCGAUAUCGAGGAUCAGCUAGAUCACGUGAAGCGACUGAACGAGAAUCUCCCCCCUCUGGAUGCCUUCUUGGAAACAAUCGCUGAGCUGGAGGAGCAAUGCGCCGAAGCAAACAUUGAAGAAAACGACUUCACCACCUACACCUUGGACGAGCUGUCGUACGAACUGAGCCUGGUCAAAUCCAGCAUUGGCAAGAAGUUGGCAUUUUUAGACAACCAGCUUGUUGCCCGUAAUAUGACCAAUUUGACGCCCAUCCAGCUGGAGGAAUUUGAGUCAGUCUUCCGUCAUUUUGACCGCGACUCGUCCAAUACGCUGCAUGAACUCGAAUUUUCUGCCGCCCUGGCCAGUCUAGGUCUGGUCUACGACGAGCAAGAAAUGCACGAGGUGUAUGUCGAAACAUGUGGGCCAGCACGCUUAGCCCAGAAUGCAGGUGUCAGUUUUGAACAAUUCAUCCGAUUCAUGGUCAGCGUUACCGAGGACCAGAAUACGGCUGAGCAGGUCUUUCAGAGCUUCCGCGAAGUGGCUGACGGCAAGCCAUAUGUCACCGAGCUGGAUCUUCGGCACUCGCUUAUUCCGGACGAAGUCAUUGAUCACUUGGUGCAGACAAUGCCUCAGCAUGAAGGUCCAGAUCUACUUGAAGAUCGGGAUCUUCCCAAGUAUGACUACAUUAGUUUCAUGCAAAAGAUGAUGGAACGCGACAACCAGCAAAAAAUUGCAGCUGCAAAUGGAGCCAACUAAAUAGAUAGACGCGCGCUGGGAAGCAUUUCUUGGUAGUUGGGUGUGGGAUUCAUCAUUAUGGGAGUUUUUUCAUGGAGCUGAUAAUCACUCGGGGAUUGAAGUCUUUUGCUGGUCAUAUUCUGCCUCACAUUGCGUCCUUUUUGCUCUGAUCCAUUUUGCGACAUCGGGCCUUGCGCCCAACAAGCCCUCGUUUUCUUCCAUAUGGAUAUAUCCACAGCCAUUCUCGAUUCUGUCCAGACUGUUUUUUUCUUUUUCUUUUUUUCCCUCUUCUCGUUCAUCCCCCUACAUAGUUACCUAUCCCUCUUAAGGCUGGUUUACUCUGAGUGUGAUAGUGAAUAGUAAUCAUAUAUUUUUUUGGUGA